UGAAAACAGGAAGUCGUGUGCACCAGAAAGCACAGAGAUCAGAAAGAAAGAGCAGAGUUCGGGUUUUGACCACUUGGGUGGAAAAAAAAAAAUGGGGAUUUUUACAAGUUAUAGUUGUGUGCUGUGUUUGUUCUUUGGGAGGAAUCUGAUGUUCGGUGAAAUCUCCGUUUAUGCCGCAGAACCGAGUGAAGAUGAAGAACUAAACCCACCUGCUUUUCGGCAGAACAGCUACUUUCCGGCUCUCAGCCUGUCGGUUUCCUUCCCAGAGGAGCUGGAAGUUAUUGAUCACUGCAUGGAACUGCUGCAUGAUUUCGGUCAGAGAUAUGCAAGUUUAGCGACCUGUCUAGUAUCCAAUGCACGUCCUGUUAAAGUGUGUCAGAACUGUUAUGGGGGUUAUAACAGUUUUCAGGAAAUAUAUGGAAACAUAUCAGAGGAGGUGGGGCCUGGGAACACGAGCUGUUAUGACUUCCUGUUUCGCUCAGAUAGGCUGAUGCUGCUGUACAACCUGAACAAGAGCUUAGAAGACAUCUGGCUGUCGUCUGAAUGCGUCAAUUGUCUGACUGAAGAUCAGAAAAACGUGUCGAAUGCCACACUUGACUUCAUAGAGCAACUCAAUCAGUUGCUGACCUGCUUUCAGAAAUACCACAGGAACCACUCUGAGCUGUGUGUCGAGUGCAGGACCUUGUAUAAAGCACUCAGUUAUCUGUAUAGUAACAUGUCAAAAACCAAGAAACUCUGUAUUGAUGUGGAGGAUGCGAUGAAUGUGACGCGGCAUUUGUGGAGCAAGAACUUCACCUGUUCGUUACAGAGGGAAGAGAAUGUGCCGGUCAUCGUCGUAUCCAGUUUCAUGCUCUUCCUUCCAUUCAUCUUCUACUUGAGCAACUACCUGCACUCGGAACAAAAGAAACGCAAGCUCAUACACCCCAAGCGAGUCAAAUCCAACCACAGCCUGAUGAAUAUCCAAGGCAAGUACAGCUGAAUGGGCAAGGAGAAGGAGGGACAACCAGCCAUCCUUUCCAUUUUUCCAAAAGGAACACGCCUGGUGGAUGUGGGAUAGAUUGUAAAAUAUCCACGGAUUGUAUGAAUUUAUUAAGUCACUUAUUGUGAUGCACUCAUAUUUGACACGUUUUCUUCUGCUGUUUAAUUUUGCUGACCAUGUGAAUGAAUGCACUGUUUAUGACCAUAUGGACUACUUUGUCGAGAUUUGUGACUUUUGCCUUAUGAGAAUGAGCGCUGAUGUUCAAGAGUUCGAGCUGAGACUGGUUAUUCCGUCAUCCUGCUUGCAAUGAAGAGAACAUCUUCAUGCCUGCUAAAAGCUUUUAUUAUUUAUUUCUGUUGGGUAGUGGGACUCGUACAUGUAACAUAGCAGCAGUAGCACUGUGGUAAGCACUUGAUGUCCAUUAGUGAUCCAUUAAUAAAUAUAUGGUGCAUGUGUGGAGUGAAGAGGUAAAAGCAAUGGGUGAAAUGAAAGGAGAAUGCACCAAAGAACUAUGCAAGUCACGUGAUGCCUUUUCUUCUCUCUUUCUCUCUGGUUUUUUCCCCCCCCCUUCUUUGUACACGAAGCAACCAUCUCUACCCUUUUUGCUACUAAUGUGUUUUGGAGUUACUAGAAGGUCAUGCUGUAGCAGUCUGACUGGUUUUUUGAUCAAAAACAGAAGAGAUAUAUAAUGUGUAAAGACUGGGCGAGUUAAAGGUUCUGACUGCAAAGUUGAAUUUUGGGCACAAUGUUCUAUGCCCACUGCUGUUGGAGUUUCAAAAUGUCUCACUGCUGCACACACUGUAUAUCCGAUGUAUAAACGUUUUGCUGAAAUAAAAUGAGUCCUGCAUUUUAUGAUCCAGAGAUUGCUGAAGCAAGUGAGCAGUGAUAUCACGUGACCACCAUGGGGCUUGUUUGACCUAUUUUUAACCAAAACAAGUUGGCAUGGACAAACAUAGCGGAAUCUGCUCUCCCACCAGCUAAAAGCCAGCGGAAAAGAAAAGGAAAACCUGCCUAAUGAGUGCAACUGCAAGGCAGAGCAAGGAUAGAUGACGUGCCAUUUUUCUGGACAGAUAACUAAGUCAUUCUAGCUAGCGCAUAGCUAUCUUAGCCUUAGGGCCUCUGCAUGCUCUUGCGACAAGGCUUUCGCAGAUAGCUUUUCGCAGACAGUUGUAAUUUAUCGUUGAGCGGGGAGUAAUAGGCGUGCGCGAUGUUAUUCACCGCCACAAUGCAAGGGGGCACGAAGUUGCGAAAUCGCUAGGAGUAGUUGGUGGGUGUGGUUAGUGGAGUGUUUAUCCCCCGGUUACUUAUAAUGACUAGAACUGGAGUCGUAUAGAUGUACGUACUUCCUCACUUCCUCGAUCAACCGCUCUUCGUGCUGUUCCAUUUUCGCUCGUGUUUUUAAAAAUGGCGGUCGUGAAAACAAAACAAACCGGGAAAGUAGGGAAGCAGAAGUGCGUGUACAGCGGAUGUAGAGUGGACCAAUCAGAGCCCUCUUGUCUGCGACGCUGUCUGCGAGGCUUGUGCGGUGGUCACAAUUUUUGGGAGGUGUGCGCAGAGCAUCUGCGAAGGGGGGGCUACGCAGAUGCCAUCUGUGAUGCCAUCUGUGAGGACUGCGUUGUCAGCAUAAAUUGGCCUUUAGACUACAUGGGCUCGACUCCACGGGAGCAAGUAUGGAGUUAUACGUCUAAUGUUUUGAUCUUACAGAGAAAGAAAUGACACAAAAGCAGUAACAGAGAAAAGAUAUAUUUGUCUUUUAUUUCACGGAUCUAUUCACGAAUAUCAGCCACAAAUUAUAUCUCUGUGACUCAAAACUCUCCGCGGUCGAUGCAGAGUCACGAUGUUUUCCUUGUGUCACCAUCUCGGUGUGACCCAGUUCCAUAGAUAUGCUAAUUAGUUCAAGCUCCUCGCAUUCGGCUAUUUCCAUAGGUUCAUACUGUUUACCUCAAGAGGUACGGAAAAUGGUCCCAAAACAUAGGAAAGCGACUCAGCAUAUCAAAACGAUCACAUCUCAUCUGUAUAGUAUUCUUGCGAGACAUAAAAUGUCAUGCACAAUAAAUUAUUUUUUUAAAUUUCAGAUGACUUUGCAGUUAGUACCUUUUAACUAUGCUGUGUUUUGUUCAAGAUCGUUUGUGAUUUCUAAAUGUAAGAGGCUAAUUACUGCAGUAGCGACUGAAAUAAUGAUUCGAACAAAUGGCUUUGCAUGUUUGAUAUGAUUUGCAAAAGAUUGGCAUAGUUGAAAAGCCACCGUGUUGUUUUCAGGUUACUUGGCUUUAAUAGGAAUAUUUUUCUCCCCAUCAUUUGCAGCUAAUCUAAAUGUAGGAUAAAGUUACUUGGCCAAAACAAUGUGCAGCCACAUAUCCACUGGCUUUUUGGUCUCAUGGAGCUGUGCCAUUACUUGUCACACUGGCCUUUAAGCGCAUUGCACCUGAUUUGUUCAAUCAUAUGAUUACUUAGAGAUCCUGAGCGAGUGCCAGAGUUGGAAAACAAUCUCUUCUGUACACGUUAAACAGAUGAUGCGAUGUACAGAGAAUGGCGGAUUUCAUCCUAAUAAGCCUUGUAGCCUGAUUUUUGUAAGCAGUCUGGAUUUCCUGACCAUGGGUGAAAGUCACUAUUGCUGUCUAACUUCAUCUGCACAUGAUUGAUUAAAGAACCAUUGCUUCACCUAAAUCGACCCCUAUACAGGACAAAGUGAGAUGCCUUGAACUCUGCUGUUAUUCAGGGCCUGUAUAAAUGCAGGCCUGUAAACAAAGGAUUGUUUGUGUGCGCGCAUGCGUGCGUGCACAUACAGUGUCUUGCAAAAGUAUUCAUCGCCCUUCAUGUUUGUCCUGUUUUACCGCGUUACAAGCCGGAAUCAAAAUGGAUUUUUGGGGGGGCGGUAGCACCAUUUCAUUUACAUAACAUGCCUACGACUUUAAAGGUGAAAGUUGUUUUAUUGUGAAACAAUUCUUAAGAUGAAAAGACAGAAAUCUGGAGUGUGUAUAGGUAUUCACAACCCUCCCCCCCGGUCUCUUGGGGUAUGGCUCUAUUAGCUUAGCACAUCCAGCCACUGGGAUUUUUGCCCAUUCCUCAAAACAAAACUGCUCCAACUCCUUCAAGUUAGAUGGGUUGUGUUGGUGUACAGCAAUCUUCAAGUUAUGCCACAGAUUCUCAAUUGGAUUGAGGUCUGGGCUUUGACGAGGCCAUUCCAAGCCAUUUAAAUGUUUCCCUUUAAACCACUCCAGUGUUGCUUUAGCAGUAUGUUUAGGGUCACUGUCCUGCUGGAACGUGAACCUUUGUCCCAGCUUCAAACCUCUGGCCGACUCAAACAGGUUUUCCUCCAGAGUUGCCCUGUAUUUAGUGCCAUCCAUCUUUCCUUCAGUCCUGACCAGCUUUCCUGUCCCUGCAGAUGAAAAACAUCCCCACAGCAUGAUGCUGCCACCACCAUGCUUCACUGUAGGAAUGGUGUUCUCAGGGUGUUGGGUGUGCACCACACAUGGCAUUUCCCAUGAUGGCCCAAAAGUUCAAUUUUAGUCUCAUUUGACCAGAGAAUCCUCUUCCAUGUGUUUGGGGAGUCUGCCACAUGCUGUUGGGCAAACUCCAAAUGUGUUUUCUUAAGCAAUGACUUUUUCUUUUUCUGGCCACUCUUCCAUAAAGCCCCACUCUGUGGAGUGUACGGCUUAAAGUAGUCUUCUGGACAGAUGCUCCCAUCUCCGCUGUGGAUCUUUGCAGCUCCUUCAGUGUUAUCUUUGGUGUCUUUGUUGCAUCUCUGAUUAAUGCCCUCCUUGCCCGGUCUGAGAGUUUUGGUGGGCGGCCUUCUCUUGUCAGGUUUGUAGUGGUGCCAUAUUCUUUUUAUUUUGCUAUAAUGAAUUUAAUGGCGCUCCCUGGCAUAUUCAAAGUUUGGGAUAUUUUUUAUAGCCCAACCCUGAGCUAUACUUUCUUCACAACUUUGUCUCUGACCUGUUUGGAGGCUCCUUGGUUUUCAUGUUGUUUGCUUAGUAGUGUUGCAGAGUCAGGGUCCUUCCAGAACAGGUUGAUUUAUACAGAUAUCAUGUGACAGAUCAUGUGACACUUUGAUUGCACACAGGUGGAUCUUAAUCAACUAAUUAUGUGGCUUAUGAAGUUAAUUGUUUGAACCAGCUCUUAUUUAGGGGUUUCAUACGAAAGGGGGGUGAAUACCUAUGCACACUCCAGUUUUCUGUUUUUUCAUCUUAUUGUUUGUGUCACAAUAAAACAACAAUUUUCACCUUUAAAGCAGUAGGCAUGUUGUGUAAAUCAAAUGGUGCUAACCCUCCAAAAAUCCAUUUUAAUUCCAGCUUGUAAUGCAACAAAACAGGACAAACACCAAGGGGGAUGAAUACUUUUGCAAGACACCGUUUUGUUUACUACAUACCUACCAUGGCCUUUCACACUAUAUUGAAUUUUUUAAAAAUGAAAAUUAUAAAGUAAUUAUUCAAGUUCAAAUACUUGUCACAGUUCCAACAACAGCAGUGUGAGAUCAAACCAGCCACUGCUUAACUCAUUUUAGGAGGAUGCAGGAAAAAAUAUAAUUUAUGAUAAAGUGUCAGCCAUGUCACAUGGACUAUCUUUAUAUAAAAUGAUAAACUCUCUACAAAGUAUUUUUUAAAGUUAUUCAGCCUCAUAUGAUUAUGUAUUAGGGCUAUUGUAGGUUUAAAAAAAAAAAGCUGAGGUGGGGGUAAUAUUCUGAGAAAAAUACUCCAAGACUAAGAAGUCACAAAUUUACAAGGAAAAGAAAAACUGUGUCCCAGCUGCUGUGCAUUCUGGGAAAUGUAGUUGAAAAUCUCUUAGCGCUUUCUUAUUUUUUAUUUAUUGUUAUUAUUAACUAAUAUGCUGUUGCUUCAUAGCUUAGUGCCAGUGUUAUAUAUUAGAUUUGGUAAACUUUAAUCUUGUAAAAAUUAAUUUCAUUUAAAUGCUUGGGACAGUGUAAGAAGGAACUUUAUAAGAAGUAUUACUUUAAAGCCUAAAGUAAAACACAGUACAUUGACUCCAGUGUUGCUACUUUCUAAUGCACUAGCUUCACUUUCCAGUUUAUCUAGACUUGUGGCUGAAAUGACUUUUUUCAAUUGAUCUGUUAAUCAUUAUUAUUAUUAUUAUUAUUAUUGGUAAAAAUGAACUAAUGGUGCAAUGGUAAAUAUUUUUCAUUUCUUAAUUGUACAAAUAAUGUGGAACAUUUUGUAGAGAUGAUAAAUAAAAGUAUAUAAUAAUAGUUUAUAUUAUAUGGACAUGAGUGUUUUACUGGGAAAUAUACCACUCGUAUUUUUCAUACGAGCUACAUCCGGGUCAUGGAGAUCCAAAAUCGUGACAAUCGUGACACAGAGAUUUCUAUAUGUCACUUGUGAGGAAAUCAAUGAAUUGUUUUGAUAAAUUUGGGUACUUUUUGUUUGUGAAUGUGUCUAUAUAAUAAAAAGAACAUCACCCAA